UUUCAAAGUUCGCGUGCUAACUCGUAAGUUUACAUGCAUUCCUCUCUAAACAUCACCGCAUCUUCAGGAGUCAACGCCGUGGACGAGCAAAUGCAAGCAUCGGCUCGCUGCUCACGCUUAUUCGAAGGCAAAUCGUCUGCGUAUGCGCACGCGUGUCGUGUCGCCGUCUACCGUCAGUUUCAUAGAGCCUAACGUUCUCACGUUACGUGAUAAGAAUUGAUGUUAGUGUUUUCGUGUGGCCAUAAAUUACAAACAAGACCAUGUGUGGUUAGGACGUGCAAACUCGUAUUAAUGGUAAUGUUUCCAAAUUAAGCGACCGUCGUUGCGGCACGGUAAAUGUGUUCAUUAAAAGUAUUCAGUAAGAGUUAGACGAUAGUGAUGCCUGGACACACUGGAAGUCCGUAUUGGGCGGCAGUGGACUUCGACAGCGAAGGUGAUGAUGAUCAAUCGCCACAAUCUCAUCGCCGACUGUAUCUCGACCCGUGGGAUAACGAUGCGUUUGGUAUGAUACAUGGUGAUAGCCCGGAGUCCAGCCAAGGAGAUGUAAUGAAUUCUUUCGCCGGUGAACCAGUGAGCGCAAGCUUUUAUUAUGUACCCACCAAGAACUACGAUUCUGGGGAAGAUUUUCCGUCACCAAUGAAACGAAUUGUUCCACCCGAAGAUAUACCAGCAUAUCCUAUGCAUCGACGAAAGUCUUCAAAGAUAGCUAUACCGGAAUACCCUGAUAUGCCGAUUUACAAUACCAAACAUAUUCCUGAUCGACGUCGUUCAAUGUAUCUAGAAGACCCUUUGUAUGCGCCUCAUCCAAUGGUUUACGAAACACCGUACGCGUAUGCCCCGCCUCCAGAUUACAUGACGCAUAGACCCCGCAUGUCGCUAAAUCACCAGCCGGACUACAUGAUGGCGAACCUCUACAACAAGCAUAGAAGAACCUCCAGGAUGGCAGAGGCAUACGAGCAAUGCGUUUACGAAAGCUUGUCGCCGGAGUAUGAAGAUUGGGCGCGGCCGUUUCCAAAAACGGCGCCCGACAAUUUCCAUCUCUCUAGGUACGGUCAUUUGCAGAUCGACUAUUCCUGCAGCUGGAAUUCACUCGAUAGACUUAUUCGGAACCAUUGAAGAUCAUCAACAUUCUACAUGUUCUAGACUGAAAGAGAGAGUAUGUGGUACACAUUCCAUAAAUGUCGGAGGCUAAACUGGUAAUAAAAGAGUUCUUAUUUUUAUAAAAUGAUUAUUACAGUCGUCAAUAAUUAAAUUCUAAAUUUAAAAGUCUUAUAAGUUAAUAACUUGCAUAAACGAAGAUGGCGGCCACCACAGACUAUGUCAACACUUUCGUUAGCGACGCUUUGGAGGGAAAAUGCAAUAACGAUGUCACCGGCUAGGCAAAGUGAAGACACGUGUUCAAUGUAUACAUAGAACUAGUACGUGCCUAUUCACUACGUUAUGCAAUAUGUUGGAUAACAAAUGGAUGAGUUGUGUAGUCUAUAAACGUUUAAUAAAAAAUAUAUUGUCAUAUUUUUAUCAUAAAAAGAUGAUCAAGAAAUAAAUGCAACAUUUUUCUCAUCAGCAAAUGAUAAAUUGUGUAAUAUCAGAUAACCAAUGAAAAUAUAGUGAUAAGUAUACUAUUUUAAUUUUAAUAUAACACAUCAUAUAUUACCCUGCCUUGUGUACGAAGGGGUUUAAAUUCUAGUUUUAAAAAGUUUUAAUUACUGUAUUGUAAGAAAUAUAAUUUAAGAAUGAAUUUUGUUUGCUAAAUGCACCUGUAUAAGUUUUUUUGUAAGCUUGUCUAAAUACCAAAAGAUGUAAUAUUACAAUGACAUCUGCUAUAUUACAGUUUUAGAAAUUGUUUCUUAGCUUAUUUUAGUAGAUACGUAUUAUUAGUAAUCAAUUGUCUAAACAUUCACUAAUAACUAUGUAAAAAAUAUUUUAAUCGUGUUUUUAAGAUAAACGUUGGCCAAAGAUAAUAAAAAAGUAUUGAUUG